AUGAGCCCCCAGGAAAACUCUCGCGUGGAGUAUCUUCCCCUUUCACGCAGAGGAACCGACGGGACAGAAUUUGGGGCAAAAGAAAGCCCCCACAUCUCCUCAACUCUCGAAAAAUUUGCGUUUAUGUCCAAAGUUGUUCUCGUCAUAACCUUCUUAUCGCUUACGGCUUGGAUACUCAACUUCGUUCGUCCACGCCAUGUCUUUGCCCACGAGGCUAAUUCGGGCCGCAAGCCCCUGGUACAUACAUUGAACGGCUCAUAUGAGGGCAUUCACUUGGAUGCGCUGGAUCAAGACAUAUUCCUGGGCAUGCCAUACGCAGCUCCGCCCUUGGGACCUCUCCGAUUCCGACAUCCACAGCCUUUGACAGAAUCUUGGGACGGCGUGCGUAAUGCGACGACUUACGGGCCCCAAUGUCCUGGCUAUGGAAACGCUUUGGGGAAAUACACGCAGUCAGAAGACUGUCUUACUAUGAACGUUGUUCGGCCUACUAAUGCUGAUCAGCACCCUCUACCGGUUGCUGUCUAUAUAUACGGUACUGGACUUAAGGUGGGAGGCUCUGACAAUCAACGGUACAAUCUGUCAUUCAUAGUUUCGACAGCAGCGAAAGCCGGGCUACCAUUUAUUGGAGUCUCGUUUACUUACCGGGCAUCUGUCGGGGGCUGGAUCAUCAGUCGUCAAGUUAGGGGCACCGGGAAUACAAACAUUGGAUUUCAUGACCAACGGAUGGCCUUGAGAUGGGUACAGGAGAACAUCGCGUUCUUUGGAGGAGACCCACGGAAAGUGACCCUCUGGGGAGGCAGUUCUGGCGCCAGGGAUGUCGGUUACCACCUCGCUGCUUAUGGUGGACGAGACGAUGGCCUGUUCCGAGCUGCAAUCAUGCAAAGUGGAUCUGUAGUGCAAAAGACAUCAUCCCGGCGUUUUCCUGCACAAGAACUGUAUGACUCCUUGGUUGCUUCAACAAGGUGCGCCGAAGCCGAGGACUCACUGGACUGCCUGAGAUACAUCCCUUACGACGAAAUAAACAUUGCCUUCGAAAAAUCUCCGUAUGGAAUAGGUCGCAUGGCCGAGGCCUUUGGCGGUCCUUCCAUCGACGGAAACUUUCUUGCGAAUUAUGGGAGUCUGAGUCUAAAGGAUUCUCGGAUGGUCAAGGUACCAGUAAUUAGCGGCGUGGUUUCUCAUGAAGGCAGCAACCAGAUCCCCGAGUCUGUACGCGACUGGACUGAUCUGCGAGAUUUUUUGAUAGAUCACGUCCUAUUCCCAACAACUGUGGUCGAUCACCUGAUGGGGCUUUACCCACCAAUAGUGCCAAGGGGUGAUGACAAGUUAGACCCACCGAUUGAAGGAAUAUCCAUUUCUAGUCAUGCGGAGUUUGAACGCAUUGAACAGCUGAUGGGUGACCUGGCCAACAAUGCUGGAGCAAGGCUCAUGUGUGAAAGCUAUGCAGCAUUUGCAACAUGCUAUGCCUUCCGCUUCGAUGCUAUGGUGUCCUCUGUGUAUGAUGAAAGGCUUGGGGUGCGUCAUGGUGCCGAGAUUGGACCGGUCUUCCAGAACUUCGACGGCAUAGGCUGGGACGUGAAUCCGUUCACUGGCAAAGGCGAGGGCCUCCGCCAAAUGUCACACUUGAUCGGGAUUAUGUGGGCAGGAUUCAUUACAGCGAUGGAUCCAAACAUAGGUUUGAACCAGCAUGACCCGGUGUGGCCCAAGUACUCAGAGGCAACACGGCUGACGAUGGUUUUCAAUGAAAAUGGUUCGUGGGUUGAAAAAGACGAACGGAGAUCAGAGGCCUUAGAAUACAUUAAUAGCGUCCAGCAAAGUGUCUUCGAGAGGUGA